AUGGAGAAAGAGCCUCUACUUCCAUACCUGAGCCCAAGAAAGAGAACGCCACAACCACCGCUGCCACUUUGUACUCUCCCCGAAGACGAUGAAAUCUCUUUACCUCUCCCUCUAACUCCUUCUGAACUUAAAGACCGCCUUAUUUUUGGCCCAUCUUCUGCUUCUCCUAGAGACCCUUCUCCUCUUGUUGAAGCCUUGACACUUUCUCUCAAUUCAUCAAUACCCUCCCCUUCUAAUCAAGAUUUUAACUCAUUUCUUGAUUGUCCUCAGUUGCAACAUCAGCAGCAGCAGCAGCAUCAAUCUUGGUUAGUUGAUCCUAAUCGUUCAUGGAAAAAAACCAAUCUUCACAGGUCAAAAACUGCGCCUGCUAUGGCUGUCAUCAAUGAUUUUAACCACCCUGCUAUUACCAAGCCUAAGUUUGGUUCUCAAUCAAUAGUACGUCAAGCUUUUGUUCUCUUGGUAUUGUAUUUGUCUCUUGGUGUGCUUAUAUACUCUUUUAAUCGUGAUAAGUUUAAAGGGAUUGAAACGCACCCAGUUGUGGAUGCUUUGUAUUUUUGUAUUGUGACCAUGUGUACUAUUGGUUAUGGGGACAUUACCCCUGAUAGCACUGCUACCAAGUUGUUCUCCAUUUUUUUUGUGUUGAUUGGUUUUGGUUUUGUUGAUAUCUUGCUUUCUGGGAUGGUUAGUUAUGUUCUUGAUUUGCAAGAGAGUCAUUUGUUGAGGAAUGUUAAGAGAGGAGUCGAAAAGGAAUCUGCUGGUUCAUAUAUAAUUGAUGUGAAGAAAGGGAGAAUGAGGAUAAGAAUGAAGGUGGGGUUGGCAUUAGGUGUUGUGGUUCUUUGUAUAGGAGUUGGUGUCGGUGUUAUGCAUUUUGUUGAGAGGCUAGGAUGGUUGGAUUCACUUUAUCUAUCCGUUAUGUCGGUUACAACCGUUGGAUAUGGUGAUAGAGCAUUCAAUUCAUUGACCGGUCGUAUUUUUGCUUCCAUUUGGUUGCUUGUGUCGACACUAGCUGUCGCUCGCGCAUUUUUGUAUUUGGCUGAGGCAAGAGUGGAUAAGCGGCAUAGGGAGAUGGCAAAGUGGGUGCUUGGUCAGCACAUGACUGUCUCUGAGUUUCUUGCUGCAGACCUUGACAACAAUGGGUUUGUGAGGUACUUCAUUACUUUGUCAGACCCCAUAUUGAACCUUAUUCAUUCCUUGAAUCCCUGGCAAAUUUCCCAAAGUCCUCUAAAAUCCACUGCUUUUUAA